UAUGUGCAAAGCUUUUUAUUGAUACAUAGCACCUACAAAUCCAUCAAAACCAAUGGAGGACAAGAGAGAGAACACAUCCACCAUGGCAAAUUCUCUCGCAUUUUCCGAUGAGAUUCUGAACAUGUCCAUGAACUCAUCCACCACCUUCAAUUUUCCUUUCUCAUCAUCAUCAUCAUCAUCACCAACUUUAUCCAGCAUCUUUGACGACUUGAUGCUACCACCACCACCAUCCUCAUGUGAUCAAAAAGCUUCCUCCUUUGGUGGCUUCGUGGGCUUGCUCGGUGACAAUGAUUUUGACCCUUCAAUAUUUGAUUGGCUCCCCAUCAUCAACACCAUCGAUGACUCUGAUGCUACUACCACCUUAUUCCCCGCCGCAAAGUCACCACCCUCCGCCACCCAAAUCAGCCACCCUCUCCCGUCGCCGGCCAGCUCCAAUGUCCCCGACUGCUCCGAGGUGGUGAACACUCCGGCGACCCCUAACUCGUCGUCGAUUUCGUCUUCGUCGAACGAAGCCGCCGUCGCCAGCAAAGCAGUGAAUGGACAUGAAGCAGAGGAUGAGGACGGAGAUGACGACGGAGAUGCAGGCAAAGGAGACGACCAAGAUCAAGACAAGACUAAGAAACAGCUGAAACCAAAAAAGAAGAACCAAAAGAAGCAAAAAGAAGCAAGGUUUGCGUUCAUGACAAAAAGCGAUGUGGAUCAUCUUGACGAUGGCUAUAGGUGGCGUAAGUACGGCCAAAAAGCUGUGAAAAACAGUCCUCAUCCCAGGAGCUACUAUCGUUGCACCACCGCUGGUUGCGGCGUCAAGAAGCGGGUUGAGCGAUCCUCCGACGACACUUCCGUCGUUGUCACCACCUACGAAGGCCAACACAGCCACCCGUGUCCGGCCACGACACGUGCGGCUAGCCUCGGGUUAAUGCAUGAUGCGGCUAGGUUCGGACCCACCAACGCGAAUAGUGGUGCUGUUGGACUUGAAUCUCCACACUUUGUGAUGCCACAACAACACCAACAGUUUCAGCACCAGAAUGUGCAGCAGCAAGCAGCAUCUUUGUUAUAUAACUCGAACUCAUCCACCCCAACUAAUUUGAAUGUUGCUACCUCUUCUGGUAAUUAUGUGAAUUCGUCUUCGUUUAAUGGCUUCCUUCAGAAUCAAGAGAAUCAUCAUGAGGGUUUUGUACCUUCUAGCGGGUUGAAGGAUCAUCAGGCUUUUUUAAGGGACAAUGGGCUUCUUCAGGACAUUGUGCAUAUGUCGAUGUUGAACGAGAAGAUGGGAGAUAAUUAAGUAGCUAAGCUGAUAAUAGUAUAUUCAUAUUGGGUCAAUGAUGCUUAUGCUUUUAUUAAUUAAUUAGUUUUAUUUUAGUGUAUAUUAAUUACCUGGUAUGUAAGGUUGGUUCUCUAACUGAAGGUGAUGAAAACCUCUUUGGGGGUGUUUUGUUUUGUAGAGGUUACCAUAGAGAAACCCCAUUUAGCUGGCUUAUGUUCAUAUGAAACAUUUUGGAGGUUCACUUUUUAAAUGACUAUGUCCUUAAUGUAGCUUAAUGUUAAUUAGAUG